GUGUGUGUGUGUGUGUGUGUGUGUGUGUUUUGUUGGCAGGCUGUGGAGAGAGUGCUGUUCCCACACCUCCCCGCCUACUGGGCCAACCUCCAGGCCGUGUUGGACGACUACUCGGUUUCCAACGCCCAGGUCAAAGCGGACGGACACAAGGUCUACGGAGCCAUCCUGGUGGCAGUGGAGCGCCUGCUGAAGAUGAAGGCCCUGUCUCUGGCUCAGCCAGCAGAGGGGGGCUCCGGCGGUCAGCCGGGCUCUGCUGUGGGUGCUGUGGGUUACAGGGUGAGCUCCCCCGGCCUCAGUCCCCCCCCAGAGCCCCUGUCGGAGGCCGCCCUUGGCAUCGCCAGCCACCUUCAGGCAGGCGUGGCCGGCUGUCCCUGGGAGGAGUGGACCCCGGUCCCUCUCCCCGCCAUGUACUGUGAGCUCUACUCCUUCUUCGGAGACAGCCUGGCGGUCCGGUUCAGCACGGGGCCGGGGUUCGGCAGCUACCCUCCCUGCCACCCAUCGCAGCUCGCUGAUGCCAGGAAGGAACCCUGUGGCCCCGCCUCCAACCCCGACACCGCCCGGAAGAUGCCUCAGCUGACUGCCAACCUCAACAUCAGCCCCAGGCAGGAUGGGAGUCCUCGCACGGACCCGCCCCCCCCCUGCCUGGCAGCUACCGGAUCAGGAAGGUCCCUGGCUCGCUCCUCUUCCUCCUCCUCCUCCUCCUCUGUGCAGCGCUCCAAGUCUUCCUCGUCACGUCCGGGCCAGCGUAUUGCCGGCCCGUCUCGCGACGUUUUCCCCAAAGCUCGCUUCACCUCCCCUCAGACGGGACUUCCUGUGUUCACCUUCCUCAUCGGCGGGCGGCAAAUGGGUCGCCGUUGCCAAGGGCGCCGGCCCUUCCAGACCACUUUCGCCCCGACUCCACCUGUUCCUGCCGUCCCGCCACGCGCCUACGCCCACAAACUGCCCGUCAUCGGCAGGGUGGGCAAACCUGUGCGCCGCUGGGCGUGUUCCCAUUACUCCCUUCAUCUGCCUCUCUAGAGAGGACGCUCUCAGAGAUGAACUACAAAGCAGGUUUGACUGCUGCAGACUUAUACACGACCAGACUCAUAUCUUUCAGCUUAAGCUGCCAAUCAUCUGUCUUUUGUGAUGAUAUUUUCGUAGUUGAAUACUGCAAGGAUUCUGUUUUAUUAUCGAGAUGGAAAAGGACAUUUGGACUGUAAUUCACUGAGGCAACGAAAGUAUUUACAAUCAAUUCAAACUGAUUUAAAGCCAACAUAAUUUGUAGUAUUCUAAUAUUUCCAACUCUUGCGCCCCCCAGUGGUAUCAAACAAGAAAAUACUGGUGGGCAAAAUGUGGGGGGUGGACACCGACUGCUAUAGUCAGAUUAAAAAGUACCGAAGGUGUAGACCACAACAAUUAAAACGCAGUACAUGCAGAUUUGACAUAUUAUGAGUACUUUUUUUGUUGUUUUUUGGCAACUCUUGCACGACACAACAUUGACAAUUGUUGUCAUUAUAUGGUUAUUUUUUUACAUUUGUCAGAUGAAUCAUUAAAAUCAGGAAAAAAAAUAAUAAAUUACAUUACAACAAUAGUAAAACAUUUAGUGUUGUCUGAGAAUGUUUUUGGCAUUUUUGCUGUAUGUUUGAGACAUGAUAAAUUUAUCAAAAAAACUGUUAAUUAUUUUUCUUUAUCGUUCAGUCAGCUAAUCAUUUGAGCACUAUGCUCAUCAGAGUAAAAUGAGAUUAAGGGCUUCUCAUCAACCGUCCUACUAUUUUCAGUGAAUGCAGUCUAAACCUUCUGCGGCACUAUUUCUGUGACUGAAUCCCUGCUGAGGAGCAAUGACAGUAUUUAGGUCUGCUGCGUGUUUGGAGGUUUGACAUCUUGUACAUAGCUGUUAUUGCUGAAUAAAACAUUUUCUCUAGGA